CUUACUACGGCCAACAGUCCCACACAGCGACACGCUGCUCCGUAGUCUCCCAAGCCCCUCCCUUUUCUCCUCUAUUUCCACCCUUAUCACGACCUUCCCUGCUUCAAGCUUCUGUCUUCCGUGCCCCAAGUACAGUGAAGUGUCGUUGAGCGCCCGAUCAGUGCGAACUAAUAGUCUGUAGCGAAGAGGUGUAUCGCGUGGUGACAGUGCUCUUGGCGGGAAGUAGUGCUACCGCCGCCGACACCACCGCUUCCACUGCAGCCUUACACGUUUGGGUUCCGUAAGCCCCGUGUAGUGUUCCCUGUUGAGUGACUGGUUGGCCAAUAGGCCCCGCUCGUAAAAAUUGCGUUUAUUAUGAAGAGGCCCUUUACCGACCUCCCCCGAGCCGGUCCUUCCUCCCCCAUCACUCUCCCCCAGGAAGACGAGGAGAUGCAUCAGAUACAGCGUGGCUCUGAUGAGCUGCUGUCGCAGACGGGAGCUGUGAGCAAUGGCUCCGUCAUGAGUCCGGCUCCCAACCACGCGGACAACAACAAUGACGCCAAAAAGGUGAAGCUGGACACCAAGAACCCCGGGGCUCCGUCCCGCGUGAUCCACAUUCGCAACAUCCCCAAUGAGGUGACCGAGGCGGAGAUCGUCCACCUCGGCAUCCCAUUCGGGAAGGUUACCAAUGUGCUCGUCCUCAAGGGUAAAAACCAGGCCUUCCUGGAGAUGUCCGAUGAAGUAUGCGCCACCACCAUGGUCAACUACUUCACGAACUGUACCGCCCAACUGCGUGGUCGGGCCGUCUACGUCCAGUUCUCCAACCAUAAGGAGCUCAAGACCGACCAGACUCACUCCAACGCGCAGAACCCUAGUGCACAGGCCGCGUUGCAGGCAGCCCAGGCCCUGGUCAACCAGUCCGACACCCAGGGCGGCCCCAACACCGUGCUGCGCGUCAUCGUGGAGCACAUGAUCUACCCGGUCACCCUUGACGUGCUCUACCAGAUCUUCUCUCGCGUGGGGAAAGUGCUGAAGAUUGUAACCUUCACCAAGAAUAAUACAUUCCAGGCUCUGAUCCAGUACCCUGAUGUGGUAACUGCUCAAGCCGCCAAAAUGACUCUGGAUGGCCAGAACAUCUACAAUGCUUGCUGCACACUGCGCAUUGAGUAUAGCAAGCUGAGCAACCUCAACGUGAAGUACAACAAUGAUAAGUCACGGGACUACACGAACCCCAACCUUCCAACUGGGGACCCAGCCUUGGAUUCUGCCUUGGCUAUUGGUGGUGCCCCCGGUGUGCUAGCCUCCCCGUUUGCUGCAAUGCAUGGACUCUCGUCGCCGCUAACCGCUGCCUAUGGGGCCUCACCUGCGGGAGUUUCUUCUAUUUCAGCUCCUAAUCUGAACUUACCGAACCGUACUGGCGAGAAUGCUACACCGACAGGCAUGCCCUUCACAGGUAUGCCACUGGCAGGCGUCACCCCAACAGCCGCGGCCCUGGGAGCUGCCGGGAUCCGUCUGCCGGGCCAGCCGUCGCCCAACUGCGUGCUCCUUGUGUCCAACCUGAAUGAGGAGAUGGUCACGCCUGACGCUCUCUUUACCCUCUUCGGGGUCUAUGGAGAUGUUCAGAGGGUCAAGAUCCUCUUCAACAAGAAGGAUAAUGCCUUGGUGCAGAUGUCUGAACCCCAUCAGACACAACUGGCGAUCUCCCAUCUGGACAAGAUGAAAACAUGGGGCAAGCAGAUCCGUGUGACACUGAGCAAGCACCAGACAGUGCAGCUUCCCAAGGAGGGACAGCCUGACGCUGGGCUUACCAAGGAUUACAGCAAUUCUCCUCUCCACCGUUUCAAGAAGCCAGGCUCCAAGAACUAUCAGAACAUCUAUCCCCCAAGUGCUACUCUUCAUCUCUCCAACAUCCCACCCACUGUUGAUGAAGAGCAGAUCAAGGAUGCCUUUACUCAGGCUGGCGCCGUGGUGAAGGCAUUCAAAUUCUUCCCACAUGCCUCGAACAUCAAGGAAGAUGCGGGAGAGGCUGAGGAGCAGACAGGAACGCCUACAGGCCUUGUGAAGACACCCUUUAAGGACAGGAAGAUGGCCUUGAUUCAGCUGGGUUCAGUUGAGGAAGCCAUUGGUGCACUCAUUAAAAUGCACAACUUCCAGCUGAGCGACUCCUCUCACCUCCGUGUGAGCUUCAGCAAGAGUACCAUUUAGACAAGCCAACCAUGGAAGGCAGGUUGAGGGAUACCGUACCUAGGGAUCAAAUUCCUGCGGGAUACCAAGUACCUCAGGGCCAUCUGAGACACAGGUCUGAGAAGAGAAGCAAGAUCCCAGGGCAACAUCCCACUUGUCGGCCACCUCAGUGGUAACGACAUUUUUUACCUUAGGGCAUGGCAUUUUUAUUAAUAUAAUUAUACCUAGCUUAACCAAAUGUGUUACACUAUAAGGAGGCAGGACCUAGAAAUAUUUACGUACAAGUGAGAGAGAUGAUAAAUGAGCUGAAUUCAGGAAGAUAAACUUUUGAACACGGAACUCAAUUUGGAGUUUGUUUUAUUUUGUAUACCCACAGAUGUUUGGGUAAUUGGGUGACCAAUACCUGUGUACAUUCUGCUAGAAGUAAAUUCUGCCAGACAGCCUGAAUGUCUUUUUGUAUGUAAGGUGAAGGUUUACACAGUAUUAGGGGUAGUCUUGCCCCUGUUGAGGGUGAGGGUAGACCUCUGAUACUAGUAUUAUCACAGUGGAUCCUCGUGCUCUCUGAGAUUGCCAAGGAAUUAGUGUUAAAACCUCAGCUAGCAUGAGCCAGAAUUGAUUCUUUUAAAAAGGUAGCUCUUUUUAUUUUAAGUGUUUUGCAAGUGAUGCAUGUUAGAGCUAGAUUGUGUAAGAUAAAUUGAAAAUUAGGGGAGAAGAGAUGAGGCAAAAUUAUUAUUAUUUAUGAAAGUAGCCAUUCAAAUUCUUACUAUCCAUAUUUUCAGACAAAAUGGAGGAUUUAUUAUAGACAUGUUAAUACGGUAACUUAUCUUACAAUAUCAGUGUUAUGAAAGCAUAUAUUUUUGCAUUUUUGACGUCUCCAAAGUGUAAACUGAUACCAAUACUUUUCUUAAAUCACCUUCCGUCUGGGAUUUUUUCUCUUGAUCAUUCCAACUUUUGAAAAAGUCUUCUUUACAUUUGCUCGAUGAUUCCAAUGUUUGUAGGGUAGGCAGACAGGGGCUGUGGUUGUUGUGCCCAGUUAUAAUGAAAGCAGUGACUGGAACAGCUGUUACCAAUCAUUAUUGUCCUCCUGUACCUUGAGCAGCUUGUGGGAUUGAUUGAGAGUUUGUGCUUGUAACAAGCAGGAUUGGGUCUAUGGAUCCUUGAAGAGAGGGCAAACAGAGGAGACUGCAGCUGUAGCCAUGAGUAUAGGUGGCUUUGGUGUAGGCUUCCUGUCAGAUAGCCUGUGGAGUUGAAUGGCUGUCCAUAGGUAGUGAAGGUUUGUGAACUUUUAAGUUGGUUACCUUGUGCUAACUUGGUGACAACACCAGUUGACUCUAGGUUUGCCAAGAGUAUCACAGCAGCUCGGGUCAGCGAGCGGACUGUACCUGAGCGGGCUUCUCCCCCACCCCUCUCUGCCACCUGGCCAGCCUGUGGGUGGGCUCUCCCCCCCCAAAGUCGUGGCGUUCAUUAAUUGUUGUUCAGUGUAUGUAGCCAAUAGGAAAUUUGAUUAGCUUUUAUUAAUGAUGAUAUACAAAGUAUUAUUUGUUAUUUAUCCAAAAAUGACUAAAAAAAUGCAAGAAGCACAAAGGUUGAGCCAUGCACCCAGGAAGUUGGCAGUAUUAACAUAGAUGGUUGCUGGAGGGCAAGGCAGUACACUUUUAGCAUUCGUGAUACCAACAGUUUGCAUCUUACCGUCUGCUGCUUGUCAUCUCAAAGCCUUUAGGCUAAGACCCUCGUACACAGUAGAAUGUUGAGGUUUCUACCCCUAUGCUUUAUCCUAAAACCAUGUUGCAGUAUUUCUACCAGCUUUUAAGUGACCAGAAACAAGUGUCCCUGCCCCCCUGACAACCAAACACUAGUGUCCCAUCUGUCUGAAACUUGCGGCGAGACAAUCCCAGAAAACUUCUUAGGCAUCUAGUGUGGUACGUAAGGUCUACACAUUAUUCAAGAAGACCUUGAUACGAGUGCUCUACUCGUAUUUCUGGGCACAAGUUUGCCAAGUAGCGUAGUUGAAAUAUAUUUUGUAAAGCUGAUUAGGAGCUUGGGUGAGAUUGUGCUCUCUUAAGACCACUGAGCAGCACUUGGUCAUCUGCUAAAUUGGACCACACUGGGAAGGCUAGUAAACACUAAUUUGCACAUAUCAGUUUCAGAGACUAUUUUUGUACAACUGUGGUGCCUUUCUAUGUGAUAUUCACAGUGUGGCACACGUCGGUUAUUGGUCAGCUCGGACAUACUUCACUGAUGUGGUAUAGUAAGGAGAAUGUUGUACCCUGUACUUUCUGCCUAAACCUGCUGCGUCCUUGUAUUCACCAAUUCGACCUACUCCAACUUCCUUGGGUGCAGUCAAGCAACUAUUUUUACAUCUACAUGUGUAGAACUUGUAUUUCCUGUUUAAAUCAAGUGUAUGUCAUGAUGAUGAAAGUAAAAGAACGUCAUCCUCUUUCUCCAUUUUAGAAGAUUCAGUCUAGCUGAUGGUCUCUUUCUCAAGUUAAAUCUCAAAGGGUCUCGCUGGUAUGUACUAAUUCAAUUUUCCUUAGGCAACAUCUUGCCCUAUCGCAAUCUUCUUCCAGAGACCAUUAUAAAGGCCACAGCCCAGUUGAUCCAUUUGACUUAUGGGGGUUAUCUUACCUGCACGCACUUCCCAAAAUGGCCACUGACACAACAUCUGAGCUGUUUCAUAUGUUUACUGAAACACUUGAGAAAAAGGCCUAGAAGUUUUGUGCCUCAUACUUGUAUUUGGAGGGAACAAAGUACCUUUACAUUUACUCUUCUAAUAUUGUAAUAUUUCUUAGAGGUGUGUAAUUUUCUCUUUUCCCACUGCUUUGAUGUAACCGACUUGUAUACUUAACUACUCUUGCAGUUGUAUCUAUAAAUAUCAUUCAGAUGUGCUCCCCAGGUUUCGCCCGCUUACUGAAUGCGUACUUCUUUUUUUUCAUUUGCACGAGACUACCAAAGUUUGGAAAUUUGAAUUUCAAGAAAAUUUCAAAAUUUGGCUAAAAUAUGAAUAUAAUUCGAGCAGUAGGGCUUAAACCUGGUGCCACUCCCGCAUUACAUCUACUGAAACAACAGAUGCAGUCCCAUGCUUGGGAAAUGGAUCACAAACUGGAGGGAUCACCAUCGCCAGAAAGACAGCUGAGUUGUGCCUUGACCAGCUUUGCAUCUUUUUACCUGUCAGUGCUCGCUCGCUCACCAGACCCACCUCUCCUUCAUCUCCUGGCUGUCAGGGCUCUUAUUAUCUGAUAGAACUAAUACACCCAAAAGGAAAUUACUAGGAGGCUACAUUUUGUGUAAUAGAUUAACUAGAAGAGAAUGAAAUGUGUCCCAGCACAGCUCAGGCACAACAAAGGGGGAGGGGUAGGCACAGCUAAGGGUAGGGUGCUAGACCAACUCUCCUUUUGCACCUUCUUUGGUAAGGCCCACAAUAACUUCAUGUAUUAAUCUGUAUUCUUGAAAUCCAAACGGUUUUACAUUAAUUGUUUUUAUUGUGAAUGUGGAAAUGAUGAGUGUUCAUGCAUAAUUCUGCAUCUUAUUCCAGGAUGAUAUGAAUCUGUCUAUUUUGUGUUGACAAUGCUAGCUCCUUUAUGGACUGUCUUGGCAUUAGGCCAGCAGACUCCAUAUUUGUCUAUGUGGAUGGAUCUGAGCAACAUGAGCCAGGUACUGUGUUUAAGCAUUAUCAUUUUGUAAUAAAUAUGUAUUUCGAUAGAAGUGUAUAUCACUUAAGACCUAGUAGGGAGGGCAAAUAGCAAACCGCGGUGAAACCAUCUCCCUCCAAGCGAGGCCGAGGACAGUGCGAUGGUGUUCUUUAGGUGUCGCAAGCAAGCUCCUUGGUGGCUGCACCUCCAGAAGUGUGCAUCAGAUUGUGGUUGCCCCAUUGUGUUUAGGCUAGAGGCUAUUUUGUAAGGUCAGGAUAAUGAACACUAAUGCCUACUACUACUCUGCUGCUACUGCUGCUGUUUUCUCUCUUCUCUUGCCCUCGCGUUACUUUUGAAAAUGAUCUCUCUCUAUCCACACCAUUCAACAUUUGGCUGUUGAUUUAUUUGGAAAAGGUCUCAAAUUCCAGAAAAAUUACUUCUCUACUCUAUUGCUCUGUUAAUGAUAUGUUUAGAGCUAAUGGUACCUCAUCUUUUCAGCCCCUGUAUAUCCUGCUCUGUCUCCUCUCUCUCUCUUCUCUCAACAUUAAUGCUAGGUCGGUUUGGGUCAUGCUAGGCCACUAACCUUAUUCUGUAUUCACUCUUUAUUAUUUUGUGUGAGCCUUAUUUUUUUCCUAAUUCUCAAGUUGUCAUGAUUUGUUGUACUGGAAUUGUUCCUUGGUUUAAAGAGUGAGUUUUAUUUUGUCUCAGUGACCAUGACACCUUGAGAACAGUUUUAAGGCUAAGAUUGAGGAUUUUGCCUUUUUAAGUUUUUCUCGUGGACCAUUUUUUUUCCUCUUGAUUUUUCAAGUUUAUUUUGUAUGUAAAUACAUUUUUGUUUGGUAACUCCUGUGGCCUGAUAUUGACUUAAAAAGAUUUUGUAGUCAGACUGCCAAGGAUUACCAAGUUAGUUCCCUAGUGUCACCUGGCCAUGUCUCUAGAACACUAGCCACUAUUCCUGCCUCCUAUACCAGCUGUAUCUUACUAUCACUUGAUCCUGCAUACAUUUCUCUUAUAUGUGUUUGUAAAUGUACCACUCUCAUGUACUACUACUUGGUGUGUUAGUCAUAUCACUGUUCCAUUCUAUUACUACUACUACUACUACUCAGCUGUAUUUGUAUUUCAUUGUAGAGGUGCUUGGUUGACAACAUAAAGCCUACAUAUCUACUCUAA